AUGCAUGAAGCCAAAUCUCCUGCAACAUGGCUAAGGCGGUGCGCCCCGGCCACGGGCAACGUCAAGAAGCCCUGCCGCUUCCACCCCAGCACCGUCGCACUUUGGCAGAUCACCGAGUUGCUCAUACCCAAGCCCCCCUUCCAGCGUCUCGUCCGGGAGAUCGCCCAGGACUUCAAGGCCGACCUCCGCUUCCAGAGCUCCGCCGUCUCCGCGCUGCAGGAGGCCGCCGAGGCAUACCUGGUGGGGCUGUUCGAGGACACCAACCUCUGUGCCAUCCAUGCCAAGCGCGUCACCAUCAUUCCCAAGGACAUCUUAGCCUUUGUCCAGCGUUGGAAAUGUAUGCGUGCUAGUGUUUGUUCUUGCCAUGACGGAUGUGUUGCCUCGUCUGAAAAUAUCCUAAAAACUGAGAAUAUCCUAAAAAUUCAAAAGUUGUUCGUGACUUACAAAAUGGUUUAUUGA